GAGUGGCUAAGUUGUCAAAAAUCAAGGCAAGUCCCUUGGAUUAGAUACAUAGCAAAAACAAUGACGAACAGUAUUUGAAUUCAAGCAGAUGCAGCCGAAUUUGUCACGCAUGCCUGGUCAUAUAUUAUUCCUUUCUUUCGUAAACUUGUGUCUGUUUUGGGGUGUGUGUGAUAUGAUUCAUGCUCAAAUUCUUACUAUGUUAGCAUUUGUUUUCGACUCGUGAGAUGCAGAAGUAGCAAUGGUGGAAGCAAGAAUCUGUCAAAGGCGUAGUAAAACAUGGUCAGGGUUUUGUGGGAACACUGGAAACUGCAACCGUCAAUGCAGGAACUGGGAAGGUGCUUUGCGUGGAGCUUGUCACGCUCAAUUCCCAGGGUUUGCAUGCUUCUGCUACUUUAGAUGUUGAUUCGUGAUCAACCACAGCAGCAGUCAGCAGCAUCUCGAACCUCAAGCUUUCUUAUAUAUCCAGUUAUAUAUACAAAGAAACGCUAGAGUGAGCCUAGUUUCCACUAAAUAAGUCAGCCACGACACUGGUCAGCUGAAAACAACAUCCUCAAUGUAACUUUUUGCUGCACUUUGUUAAAAAAAAUAAGCACAGCACUGCUACUACUACUACUUCUGUUUGGUUCCCUGCUUUAACUGUAGAUAACCUGUAACUUAAAGGAAUUCAUGGCGGAAAAGAAAAGGGGAACAAAAAAAACAUCAAUGCUUUGAAUCCAACAAAGACAUGAAAAGGAGAAGAAAAAACAGCACUGCUGUGAGAUCUCCAGUACAACAUGAGCUCCCGAAUCGAAGGAAUCGGGUUCCAAGUUUUAAUUUAGAGGCUAAUAUCAUCAUCUUCUUAACAAUAUUCACGGGUACAAGAUUUCUCUUCCCCGUUGAACCAAACAAAACCAUCAACAGACGUCACUAAAACCGCCCGGGAAUCAA